CCAAAUUUUCUCGGCCAUAUCUUCGCCCCAGCUGCUCUCCAGGCACCCACCAAAGGGACCAUGGCCCUCCGCUCCAGCGUGCUCCCGACGGCCGUCGUGGCUGCCGUGUGCCUUCUGGGGCUGCGCGGCCUGCUCGCCCCGAGACCGAGCCAGGCUUUCGCUGCGCCAGAGGUCGGCCUCACGCAGUCGGUCCACCGCCAGUGCAGGCCCGUGGCGGGCGGCGACCGCGCCCUGGCCUCCGGCGCUGCCCCGGCCGUCCUGAGCACCGUCCCGGCGCGCCAGGGCGUCGCCGCGCACUUCAAGGUAACGCUGGAGACGCCGGACGGCACCCAGGAGUUCGAGUGCCCGGAGGACGUGUACAUCCUGGACCAGGCCGAGGAGGAGGGCCUCGAGUUGCCCUACUCCUGCCGCGCGGGCUCGUGCUCGAGCUGCGCGGGCAAGGUGCUGUCCGGCGAGAUCGACCAGUCGGACCAGGCCUUUCUGGACGAGGACCAGACGGGGGAGGGCUUCUGCCUCACGUGCGUGACGUACGCGACCUCGGACGUGACCAUCAAGACCCACUGCGAGGACGACCUGUGA